GAGGUCGUGCCGGAUGUGGUCGGUCCGUUUGUGCCUAUGACGGAGCUCGGCCUCACGUACGGCGCGGGCCCGGCGGCGCGCGAGGUUCGCUUCGGCAAGCCUAUCGCGCCCGCCCUGGUCGAGCGCGCCCCCACCGUCCGGUUUGCUCUCGGGAGCCACAGUCGACCGGGGACGCUGCACACGCUCAUCGCGGUGGACCCGGACGUCCCCUUCCGCGACGCCCCCUCCGAGGCGGAGCGCCUCCUCUGGCUCGUCUACGACAUCCCGGCCAACGAGACCGCGCGGGGAAAGACGCUCGUGCGGUACGAGGGCGCCCGCCCGCAGCCCUGCCCCGCCGCCGACCGCCUCUGCCUCGCUGAGCACCGCGUCACCUUUGCCCUGUGGGAGCAGCCGCACGGCCGCCUCUCGCUCCACGCAGAGGACAGUCGGCUGGCCGCCGGCGCCAGCAGCGGCGCUAGUCACGGCGCGCCGGCGGACGCGCGGAAGCGCUACCGGGCGCGUGACUUCGCCUCGCGCCACCGGCUCGGCCUCCCCAUCGCGUGCAACUUUUUUGAG